UGGAAGCGUGUGUUCUUCACAAGCUCUUAAUAAUAUCUCAUAGCACCAUCAAUAUUUCCUCCUUUUCCAUUUCAGCAUUAAUUACCCAGAUUCAUUUUAUCUUCAUCUCCUUCAUGGCAAACCUUGGAGCUCGAAUUAAUGAUGUUUCAUCAAACCAAGUUGAGAUCCCUGUCCAUUGUGAUGGUGUGGAGCCAAAACCAAGUGAAGAGAGCAAUAUUGACUACUCUCAAAGGGCUCAGUGGCUUCGAGCAGCAGUGUUGGGAGCCAAUGAUGGGUUAGUCUCUGUUGCCUCACUCAUGAUGGGUGUUGGAGCUGUUAAGCAAGACAUCAGUGCCAUGAUUGUUGCUGGUUUUGCUGGAUUAGUUGCAGGGGCUUGUAGCAUGGCAAUUGGAGAGUUUGUCUCUGUGUACACUCAGUAUGACAUAGAGAUGACUCAGCUUAAAAGAGAGAGGGAAGCUAAUAAUAAUGGAGGAGUGAAUGGAGAACCUCAAAGGGAGAAGUUGCCAAACCCAUUUCAGGCUGCACUGGCAUCAGCACUGGCAUUUUCUGACUGA